UCUUAGCAGAAAAUGUCGCAAUAAUAAAAAAGUCGGUAAGGUAAAAAGGUUGUGAAAUCUGGUGAUUUAGUGGUACAAUUUUAAAGUCUGGAGAUUACAAAUUCUUGCUUGUUUGAGCUGUGAAGACAAAUUUUACAGUUUUAAUUUUGGUUUCAGCGUUAGUCAACAUGAAUGAAAGUAUAGAUGCUGUUGUGGCGUUGACGAAACUUAAGACUGCAUGCAUCACAAAGAAACGAGAACUUGAAAUAGUGGAUGAAAAGGAAGAAUAUUGCCCAGAAUCUACCAAUAUUGCUGAAAACAUUGUUGAUGAAUCAAAAAAAAAAUCAGAGCUACCUCAACCAAAAGUUGUUGAAAGAACGUAUGAUGUUCCAAACACUAAAAGAAAGGUCAAUAAGGAAUGUCUUGGCUGUCUGUGUGAUUUUACUAAAGUCAACAGUCGUAACUUCCUCAGCAACAUGCGCAGUAAUCCUACGACGUGUUCUGAACAUCGUCUAUUUGCCAUAAACAUUGCCACUGCCCGAAGAAGAUACCAUAAAUACUUAAUGACAAAAAAAGAAUCGCCGAACUUUAAUUUUGUGUCAUCUCCAAAGAUGAAUGCUCAUCAUAUCAAUAUACCUCACGAGAAAACGGGCAGAUCUCAUCCUGAACAAAAAAAUGUACGCCGAGCAAAAGUGCCAUUUUCUACUUAUGAAAUCGAAAUACUCAAGAAGGGCGUGGAGAAAUACGGUCCAAGGUUCAACCUUAUCGAAAGAUACUGUGAAUUUAGCACGAAACGCUCUGCCAAAACAUUAAAACAGAAAUACGAAAGUUUGAAUGUGCCAUAUCAUGCAAAAAAGAAAAUGCGCUGUCCAUUUUCCCUUCAAGAAGAAGACAAUUUAAAAGCUGGAGUCUCGCGAUUCGGAUAUAAAUGGACAUGUAUUAUGGAGCAUUAUGAAUUCAAGAAGGGUAGAACACCACAGAAUUUAAAAGACAAAUGGCGGAAUUUAUUAAAGUCCAGUUGAACUUUAAAUUUUAUUUUGCAAAUAUUUGUUCACAAUUGUAUGUAUAUUCAAAUUAUGUUUUCAAUAAUACGUUGUUAAUGAUAACGAUUCACUUUUAUCUCAUUUUUGUUUUUAUGAGCUAUACACCAUACAAUACAAUUAACGAUGAAGCUAAAGGAUUUGGUUUUUGGCAAAUUUGACUACUGCAAAAAAAUUGAAUCCUGAUCAACAGCCUUCAGUUAACGUAAAAAACGAAACAAUGGCUCGCUACAGCCGAAAAUUUAAAAUAUUACAACAUAUAGUGAACUAUAAGUUCACCUUUAUUUAUAAUGUUGUUCUCUUUAAAUUUAUAUUUGUUGCAAGUUAUAUAGUUGCCAUUUCAAUAAACAAAUUUUAGUCGCCAAA